UUUCAUUUGACCCAAAUCCGAAACCGUAGUUGUAAUCCCGAAAACGCCAGCGCGCUAAAAUUCUGAAACCCAAAAAAAUUUCAAGAAUUGCCUAUAUACACUCCAAGGAAUUCCCCCAUUUUGAGUAUUCAUCUAUCUCUCUCUCUUCCCCCAAUUCUCUGUGUUUUCUGUGAAGGGUGAAGAUGAGAGCAAUGGCGGACAAAGAGAACUGCACGAGAGUGACGCGCCUCUCGAAGAAGAGGGCGGCGGAGGCUAUGGCGGCUCCGCUGCAGCAGCAGAGCAAGAAAAGAGUGGUUUUGGGAGAGAUUACGAGCGGGCCAAAUGUGGGUCUGAGUCAGAUCUCGGAGCAACAGAAACUCAAGCCCAGGCGGGCUAAGAGGAAGGUUUUGAAGGCUGUGGCUGAAGAAGGGGUGACGGAGAAGGGGAAAAAUGAGGAUCGUGGAAUCUAUAUUGAUGCGAAAUCUGAUGACCCACAGAUGUGCGCCGCCUAUGUUUCUGAGAUUUAUGAGUAUAUUCGCCAAAUGGAGUUGCAGCAGAAAAGGAGGCCAUUGCCUGAUUACAUUGAGAAGGUUCAGAAAGAUUUGAGUGCAAAUAUGAGAGGGAUUUUGGUAGAUUGGUUGAUUGAAGUAGCAGAGGAAUAUGCUCUCCUUCCAGAUACUCUUUAUCUAGCUGUUUCCUAUAUUGAUAGAUUCUUGUCCACAAAUGUUCUUACCCGGCAAAAGCUUCAGCUUUUGGGUGUUUCUUCCAUGCUUAUUGCCUCGAAGUAUGAAGAGAUUAGUCCUCGCAAUGUUGAAGAGUUCUGUUACAUUACAGAUAACACCUACACCAAGGAUGAAGUGGUGGAAAUGGAGGCAGAUGUGCUCAAAUCGCUCAAGUUUGAACUGGGCAGUCCCACAAUCAAGACUUUUCUUAGAAGGUUUACCCAAGUUUCUCAAGAAGACUAUAAAACAGCAAAAUUGCAAUUAGAAUUCUUGGGCUACUACUUGGCCGAAUUGAGUUUGUUGGAUUACAGUUGCCUUAAAUUCUUGCCUUCCUUGGUAGCUGCUGCCGUUAUAUUCCUUUCGAGGUUCACUCUUCAACCAAACCUGCAUCCCUGGAACAAAGCACUCCAACAAUAUUCGGGAUAUAAACCGUCUUCCUUGAAGCAAUGUGUUCUUAUCAUACAUGACUUGCAAUUAAGUAGAAGAGGAGGUGCCUUGAUAGCUAUAAGGGAGAAAUACAAGCAACACAAGUUCAAAUGUGUAUCAACGCUCUCAUCCCCGCCCGAGAUACCAGAUUCCUAUUUCGAAGAUGUGAUUGCGUGACAACUUAGCUUAACCGGUGAAGCUCCAUUAACCCACAAGUACAAAUGUUUGGUCUAGCCUGUAUAUCACCCGAUGCCUUAUUGGUUCAGCGCAAGACUGGUGCUUGCCACAAGGUAUCUCGUAUUUGUUUGAAUCGCUGACUUAGACAAGCGUGUUUGCCCUUGCUGAAUUCGUGUAACUUUUGGAAAGUCGAGAAUUCUUGGCUCGGAAUUUUGAUGUAAUGAAAACUUAGCUGAUUGAUGAUUGUCA